UAUAAAAUAGUUAUGGAAGACAUUUUAAUGUCAUAGCGAAUGGGACCAUCUGCACUGACUUAAUAAUUAACCUCUAAGUAAGAGUCUCAGAGUAACUUAAUGCUAGAGGAGGAUUAUUAAAUAGAAAGCCAAAGAGAUAUGAUAGAAAAUAAAAGUAUAGAUAUGAACAUGUCGAGAUUUGAAAGUAAAGUAACAAAAUGAACAAUAUAUAGACUGAAUUUAAGAAGCAUGCAUUAUUUUUAACAAAUAGAGCACUUAGAACAAUUUAAACAUAGAAAUAAUCUCAUUUUGUAUAAAGCUUCAAAUUAUAAUUACAUGUUCAUCGAUUCAUAAAUAAUUUAUUUACAAAUUCAUAUAUUCUGAGAAAUACUCAGAAAUAGAAAAUUAAGGAUAAGCUACUUGAAAAACAAUUUAUUUCAUAGUAAAAAAAGAAAGGUAUUUUAAAUAUUUAUUAUCGAGAUUAUGAAAAUAAAUCAGUUAUUCCAAUAUUCUUACCAUCUACAAAUUCAAUAAUGAUUUGGGAUAUUAUUGGAUUUAUUUGUAAUUUAAUGAUGCUUUGGCUUACUCCAUUUCUAGGAGCCUUUAAUAAUUAUUAUAAUGAAUCCAUAUCUAUAAUGCAAUCAAUAAUUUUGAUAUAAUUAAUUUUUGAUUUUUUAGCAUAAUUUAAUAGAGGAAUAUUUGUAUCUGCAGUUUUAAUAAGAAAUAGGAAAAAGAUUAUAAAAUAAUACUUAAAAUCAAAUGCUUUAUCAGAUUUCUUAAGAUUAGUAAUUUGGGCUGAUCUUAAAUAUUAGUUGUUGUUUACAUUUUGCUUUGAAAUAAUAAUAGUCUUAUAAAUAACAUUAAUAUAUUAAAAGUUGAUGAGAUAUUUAUAAGAAUAUUAUUAUUAAUAUAUUUAUUCAAAAGGAGGAUAAAACUUUAUUUUAGAUUUAGUGUAAUUAAUAAUUCAAAUUUAUUUUUUUGCUCAUAUUAUUGCUUGUGUAUGGCAUUAUGUUGGAGAGAGCACAUAUUAUUUAGAGAAUUCUUGGAUAUUAGAAAAUUAAUUAAAUGAAGAAACAGUUUGGCAUAGAUAUAAUUCUGCUUUUUAUUGGGCAACUAUGACAAUGACAACUGUAGGUUAUGGAGAUUUUUCUGCUAAAAAUUAAGUUGAAAUGAUUGUGUCAUCACUAAUAAUGUUUUUUUCUAGUUAUGCUUUUGCUUAUACAAUGAGUUCAAUAGGAAUAAUUCUUAAAAAUGUUUAUGAUACUAAACAAACUUAUAAGUAUGAUUAAAAGUAUAAUUAGAAAGAACUUAAUUUAAAUGAUUUAAUAUAUGAGUAAAAAUUAAGUUGAUGAAUCUACUUAAGGAAGAAUAAGAAAUUAUUUAAGGUUUUAAUAAGCAUAAGAGAAAAAAGAAAAUUAAGAUGAUAUAACCAACAUCAUUAAUUAAUUGCCUAAGAAUUUGCAAUAAGAAUUAAAUACAGAUAUUUAAUCUAGAGUAAUCAAAAAAAUGAAUUUAAUUAUUAAUCAUUUUUCUAAAUUUACACAGUAAUAGGUUGCCAAAAAUCUAGAAUUAAUUUAAUUUAUUCCUGGUGAUAUAAUCUUUAAAUAAGGAGAUUAACAUGAAGAUAAUUUGUAAUAUUAUUAAUUUUAAUUUAGAUAUUUUUUAUAUAAUGGAGAUGUCAUUUUAACUGAAACUUAAACUGAGUAAAAACUUAGAUCUGUGAAAGAUUUUUAAUAUUUAGGGUAUUAUACUUUUUUUACAGGUUUCCCUCCAAAAGAAACUGCAAUUUGUUAAAGCCCAAGUGAAUUAUAUAAAAUUAGUAGAAAGAAAUUUCUUGAUAUUGUUCGUUAAAACUAAAAAGAUUUUGAAAUUUUCCAUCAUAUGAAAGAAAAAUUGAUUUUUUAAACAAAUUAUGUUCUUUUUGAUCAUAAGUGUAACUUUUGCAAUAGGUACAUACAUUAAGAAAUUGAUUGUCCUUUAAUUUAAUACAAACCUGAUUUAGAAGCAAUUUUAAAAAAAGAGAAUUUUAAUUAAAUUCUUAAUUUACGAAGAUAAGUUAUUAGAAUAAAAAGAAAAUAUCAUUCAUUAGCUUAACAUUAACCUAUUGAGUAAUAACUCAAAAUAUUUCAAUAAGAUAAUUAAUUGUGUGAUGAAACAGAUUCUGAAUAAGAAGGAAAAUUUGGAAAACAAAAAUCUUAUAUUUCAGAAUAAUAAAGAACUUCAUCUUAAUUUAUAUAAACAGAAGAGGAUGGACAUGUUGAAAAUACUCCACCAAGAUAACAUCAAAAAAGAGCAACAUAACAUAUAGGCCCAUUAAAAUUAUAAAAAAGUAUUUUUAAUUAUAUAUUUAGUGUCAUCUUUUUCGAAAAUGAAACUUGGAUAAGUUGAAUAAAAAUCAUCUUUAAGAAGAAUGCUUAUAUAAAAUGACGAAUAGUUUGCAAUAAAAAACUAUAGUAUGAUAGAGGAAGUAUAAUAAUAAUUAUAAAAAUAAUUUAAAUCCUCUUUUAAUUUGGAUAAAAUAUGUAAUACCUUUAGAAAUUAUAUGCCUUAAUAUACAUUUGAGUCAUAAAUAAAAGAAUUACAAAAAUAUUAAAAGAAAAAAUAAAAGAGAUUUUGGAAAUAAGACGAAAAACUUGGAAAAUAUACUUUUUCUAAUAAUGUAAAAGUUUUGACACUAAAGAUCCUCAAUUAAGGCAAAAAAAUAAUCAAUAAUCUUAAUUAGAUUUGA